UUAUUACGAGAGAUAUCUUUUGAAGAGUCGCGUUCCUGUAGUUAUUAGUGUCAAUUAGCGAAACCAAAGUAGCGGGGAGGUUACGCCCUUCGUGGGGCGAUCAAAUUAUUUUUUCUAACCAAAGUUAGCUUAAGAUGUCGAAUAUGCCAAUAUAUAGUCAGGUGCUGCCUAAAUCUCAGUAUAGAUCGAAGAAUUCUAAAGGCAGCACCGCGAGAGAAGCUAGGACACAGAAUUCUAGAGACUUCGAUCCGCUGAAUUUCAAUCACGGCGGGAACAUUCAAGUACUAAAUGCUCCGUUGGAAAGUAGAGUCGAGAAAAUGGAGAAAAGGGAAUCGAGGAGGAAGGAUGAGACGAGGGCGAGGCGGACUCAGAAUAGGAGUGAAAGGGCCGACCCUAACGAGGGAAAGGUGGAGGCUUACUUACGUCAGAACCAGAUCAGCAUCAGACAGCAACAGCAUCGACAUUCUGCCGUGAGACAAGCGGAGCAUCGAGUCAAUUUACGAUCGCUACCGUUGAACGAGGUGUCCGCUCGCGGGCACGAUCGGACGCCGACUGAGCGACACCGGGGGUUCCCCGGCGAUAGGGAAGCAAGAGAGUACCGCCGGGAGAGAGAGAGGGACAGAGAUAGAGAGAAGGACUUCGAUUUUGAUGGGUCCCCACUAAGUCCCAUAGCUCCAAGGUCCGGAGAGAAAGAGCGUCCAGUACGCAAGUCCAUCUCAGCUCAGAAAGUCUCAGAAAUGAUAUCGGCAGAUAAGAGACGAUUCUUCUGUAGAGAGUGGGUGUUCCAGAAGAUAGCCCAUUGUCUGGAACAGCGUGCUCUUAGUAAGACCGCUGGUGCUUUGAUAUUGGGUGACGCGGGUAGUGGUAAGACAGCUCUAUGCCAAGAGCUGAGUCAGCCAGGCAGUGGUCCCCAGGCGAGGCAGCAACGUGCUCUCAACCGGCGACUGCUGGCUAGGCAUUUUUUACAGGGGCCGGGUGAAACCAGCGAACGACCUGGAGAAUUCGUUCGUUCGCUAGCGAUGCAGAUCCUGAGCCACUCGUCACACACCAGACCCAACGAGAGAGACCCCUCGCCCAAGGAGGGCAGCACGCCUAAUAGCAAUAGAAGAAAUUCAAUGGAAGAAAACUUGAUACUGCGGUUCAGAGAAAUGGGUGACGACGCAGAAGAGAGCUCCAAGCCUCUCCUCGCCGAUAGCGAAGCGGAGGGUCGUACGGACGACGAUGAGCGCGUCGCUGACGUUCCUCUCAGCGGGGACGUGCACUUGCCAGAAAUCUUGCCGCGAGCCAGCAUAAAACCGACCAACCCAUUCGUCACCAACGACGACCAGUCCGACGCGCGACUCUACGAAAACCACGAAAAUCUCUUCCUCCGAAACAUUUCACAGCGACAAUCGAAAGAAAUGCGCAACUCCAGACUACUCCGUCAAAGUUCCGAACCUUUGACGGAAAAGAAGACGACAGUUUUGCAGAAAAGUCUGUCGACUGAACAACGGGAAGACGAAAAAAGAGAAACCAAAGAAAUAAGCAAUAGUCCUCCGAAAUCGAGAAUACCAGUCGCCAAUUUCAGAUACCCAAAUAAAAGUGAUCUUAGGCCGAAUUCAGCAGAAAAUUCGCCGAAGAAAUCCGAAGCGAGAGCGUCUUCACCUAAAGAUGAUGAAUUACCAGAAUACCAAAACUUAGUACACGUCCCACAAGAUGAUGAGCAGACAGAUUUAGAGAAACUUUUAGAAAAGAAACGGUCAGCGUUCGAAGACGUACCACCUCCCAUACCAAGUUUACCGGUAAAUCCAAGAACUUUAAUAGCUAACGCGUAUUAUGAGAAGCUGUUGUCAGAAACGGAGAUCCAGCAGGCGUUGCUACCUCAGAAUCUGGAUAAGAAUCCGGAUGAGUGCUUCAAGAAGGCCAUAUUGUUUCCAUUGCUGGAGAUCGAUCCGCCUAAGCAGUGUCUGUUUCUCUUGGUCGAUGCGAUUGAUGAAGGUUGUACGGACGGGGCGGGCGAGGGCGAGGGCCCCGAGGGCGGGGUGGGCGGGCUGCUGGCGCGCCACCAGCACCUGCUGCCGCACUGGCUGCUGCUGGUGGCCAGCGCCAGGCGGCACUCGCGCCACCUCACCAGGAUGUUCACAGGGUUCCGCAAGAUAACGCUGGACGAGCUGCAGCGCGCGCACGUGUCGGCCGACGUGCAGCGCUACGUGCUGGCGCGCCUGGACAGCGAGCCGCGCCUGAGGGCGCGCGUGUCGAGCGACUCCACUGCGGCGGCGGCGGCGGCCGCGGCACUUGAUCAUUUGCGGAUCAAGAGUGAUGGCUGCUUCUUGUACUUGGAGAAGGUGUUGGAUGGCGUGGCAGAUGGGUUCAUAGCGUUACGUGAAAUUAGGGAAAUACCCGGCACGCUAAACGGACUGUACUUGUGGCUGGCGCAACGAUUGUUUCACGGGAGGCGAUUCAAUAAGGUGCGCCUGCUACUGGACGUGCUGCUGGCCGCUCGCUGCGGUGUGACGGAGGACAUGCUGUACAAGUGCCUGCUGACCAAGGAGUACAGCGUCACCAGGGAAGACUUCAACCGCAGGCUGCAUUUACUCCGGCGCGUCCUGGUGCUGGAGCGCGCCACGGGCCACGUGCGCCUGCUGCACCCGUCGUUGGGCGCCUGGCUGCUGGACGUCAAGCACUGCACGCGCCGCUACCUGUGCGCGCCGCCCGACGGCCACGCCGCGCUCGCCAUGUGCUACACGCUGGACGCCAAGCGACUGACAGCUCUCGAGAUCCACAACUACGUGUACCACAUGACGCAGGUCGAGCAACACUUGGCGUCGCAGAAGAAGAACAAAGCUAGCGAUGAAGACGAACCCUUAGACCUGCACACUCUUAUCCUGCUGUGGGUCCUAGACUCAGGGUGUGAUGUCGAAGCUGCCUUGAAGCGAGAGAUUGAGAUCAAAAAUGUCCAAAUUGACAAUACUCAGAAUGAAGAGACGAAGGUAGAAGAUAAAGACGUCGAUCCAGAAUCAGAAGGGCGGGAGUCGACGUCAUUCGAGCCGUCGACGCUGGAGAGCAUCAUGCCGGAGCUGGUGAGCGGGGCGGCGGCGCGCUGGCCGCGCGACCGGCGCGUGCUGCGGGCGCUGCUGGAGCUGAGCCGCGCGGACUCCGCGCACACCGAGCCCGAGGACGGCGCCCAGGACUUGCUGUCAACAGACCAAGCAAUAGAGAGCGAAGAUAAUAACGAUGGCACCGGUGAUGAACACGAGGAUGUCCUGGCGCUGGACCCUACCACUGUACACGAGCUGGCAAGUAGGGGGGAUGAGGAGGCUUUGGUGACGCUUUUGAAGCGCCGGCCGGAGCUGGCCGACGCCCUGGACGCGGGCGGCAGCUCGGCGCUGCACGCGGCGGCGCGCAGCGGGCGGGCGGCGUGCGCGGCGGCGCUGCUGCGGGCCGGCGCCGCGCCCGCCGCCGCCGACUGCGACGGCUGGAGCCCGCUGCGGGCGGCCGCCUGGGCGGGCCACGCGGAGGUCGUCGACGUGUUACUUGAACACGGCUGUGACGUCGACUGCGUGGACGCGGACAACCGGACCGCAUUACGUGCCGCAGCAUGGUCAGGCCACGAGGCAGUAGUGGCUCGUCUCUUAGCUGGAGGGGCACAGCCCGAGCGCGCCGAUGCGGAGGGUCGGACUCCGCUAAUGGCCGCGGCCUAUAUGGGCCAUGCGGAUAUAGUGAGGUUGCUGCUGGACGCCGGUGCCAGUCCCAAUCAUGCUGAUCACGAUGGUCGCACAGCUUUAGCAGUGGCAGCGUUGUGUGGCGCCGGGGGCGCUUGCACGGCGCUGCUGCUGGAGCGGGGCGCCGACGUGUCGCUCGCGGACAGAGACCGCGCCACGCCGCUGCUGGUCGCCGCCUUCGAGGGGCACACGGAGAUCUGCGAGUUAUUACUAGAGGCGGAGGCGGAUUUAGAGGCUAGUGAUAACGCGGGUCGCACGGCUCUAUGGGCGGCCGCGUCCGCUGGACACGCCCACACGGUGCGUUUGCUGCUGUUCUGGGGCGCCUGUGUCGACUCUAUGGACGCUGAGGGUCGGACUGUACUCAGUACGGCCGCGGCACAAGGCAACGUAGAAGUAGUUAGGCAGCUACUAGACCGAGGCCUAGAUGAACAUCACCGCGAUAACUCCGGAUGGACUCCGCUGCACUACGCCGCUUUUGAGGGACACAUAGAAGUGUGCGAAGCUCUUCUAGAGGCGGGAGCAAAAGUGGACGAAGCCGAUAACGAUGGUAAAGGCCCCCUGAUGCUCGCCGCGCAAGAGGGCCACACGCGUCUAGUCGAAAUACUCAUAGAUCAGUGGGGGGCCCCCGUGGAUCAGAGGGCCCACGAUGGAAAGACAGCGUUACGGCUCGCGGCGCUGGAGGGGCAGUUCGAGACGGUGGCGGCGCUGCAGGCGCGCGGCGCCGACGUGGACGCGCUGGACGCGGACCGGCGCAGCACGCUGUACGUGCUGGCGCUGGACAACCGCCUGGCCAUGGCGCGCGCGCUGCUGGCCCGCGGCGCCGACGUGCACGCCGGGGACGCCGAGGGCCGGACUCCACUACACGUGUCCGCGUGGCAGGGUCACACUGAGAUGGUGAACAUGCUGGUUAAAGUUGGUGGAGCCGCGGUGGACGGGCGCGACCGCUGCGCGCGCACGGCGCUGCACGCGGCGGCCUGGCGGGGGCGCGCGCCGGCGCUGCGGGCGCUGCUGCAGCUGGGCGCCUCGCCCGCCGCCGUCUGCACGCAGGGCGCCACGCCGCUCGGUAUAGCGGCUCAGGAAGGUCACGAGGAGUGUGUGCUGUGGCUACUGCAACAUGGCGCUGAUCCCUUACAAGCUGAUCAUUGUGGUCGCACACCUGCAAAAGUGGCGUGGCGGGCCGGGCACGCUAAUAUCUGUCGCCUUUUAGAACGGUGGGCGGCGCCCUCUGCCCCCACUGCGCCGCUUGUUGCUGCCACGCCCCUAACAGCCCCCGUUGCACCCCCAGAGGACUUGUUACGACCCGGGAGAACGGGCUCACCAGACUACAAACGCCGCAGUGUCCACAGUUCGAAUUCGACUAAAUCAUCAUCGAAUAUGACCGGCGGAUCUAAUCGUUCUCACGAGCAAAGCGAAGAAAUUGUCCAUGAUAAGGCCCAAAGGCCCAGCCCGCUGUCGUUUGCCCAGCAAGUGGCGCGCUGUGGGCGUGGGCGCCGCUCCGAGCGAGACCUGCCCAUCCCGGAGCACCGCGCCCUGGAGAGGGACUGCCGGCUCAGGAGUUACGUUGCGAACGAGCAGGACGUCGAGCUGAGGGGCUACGUGUGCGAGAGGGACAGGCGGCGAGAGCAGAGGCACGGCGCGGCCAGUCCGCUGUACGCGUCCCCGCCGCGGAGCCCCAGUGAGCCCCGCAGCCCCUCGCCUCAGCCGGGUGAUUGCUUAAAAGCUAGCUAAUAGAACCCACUGUCCCCAGGGUCGCAACCGCCCAGCCUAACCAACGUUCAACCGGCGGUGUCUGACACACACUUCAACAGAGACACGCACAUGCGCAUCAUCCUCGGAAGAGGUCGAGACAAGCCCGCCGCUGAGAGACAGGACAGUAAGGUGACGUUAUCGACGAGGGUCGCGUACAACAGAAUUAUCGGCAGCUUGGGGAGAGCGAGUGGGAAGAUAUUUAAGAAAACUAAAAACAAGAGGAAUGGCAUAGUGACGAAUCCAGCGAUGCGUCUCGUCGCCAACGUUAGGAAUGGUUUAGAUAACGCAGCAGCUAAUAUUCGUCGUACGGGGGUAGCGCUAGCAGCCAGCGCCAGUUCUAACAACCCAGCGGUUAAAACCAACGCGUUUCAAUGGAGAAAAGAGACGCCACUAUAAAUACACGAAGAAAAACAAGGGCAGAAGAUAUUGCCAAUGCUUGGGCAAUUGGGCAGCCAGAUCCCAAUAUUGGAUGAUUUUCGGCCAAAGUCAGUCUAUGUUGGUUGACAAGUGCAGUUUCUUUUUGUUCUCAAAUGGGUAAAACGUUGGGUAAAAGUUUUAGGUUUCCUUUCAGCUUUAAUAUAUGAUAUAACAAAAUUUAUAAUAAUAAAAAAAGAUAAAAAAGCGAUUAGGACAUUUUGAAGAUUUUUUUCGUAAUUUAGUUCAAAUUAAAAAGUGGUAUUUUUCGUUGGAUGAAAUGAAGAUUAAACAGAAUUUUCAUUAUUGAUUUUAAAAGCGCUAGUCUAAAGGAUAAAGAACUCGAAAGAAUUAGACCUAAGAAAUGUCGAAAAAAUCCUAAAUUUUUUUUUGUAAGAAAAAAUUACUUUGAAAUGACUUACUUAAAAAGUCAACUUUUUCUUUUUCUUCUUCUUCAAUUGUCGACUGGCCAACUAAUUUAUUAAGUUUUUAGUACGUAAUAUUCUCAACAAAAUUAAUAUAAUAAAUUUUAAUUAGUGUUUAAAUUAAAACAGAGACUUAGACGUACUAAAGCGUGAGACAUGUUUAAACAUGUUUCAAAAAUAGAAAAAAUGUUACGGACUGACAGGACUUUCAAGGACAUUAACGUUUAUAGCCCUGUUUCAUAAAAAAAUGUUUAUUAUGUACAAUUCAGUAGCCAACAAACGGCGUCUUGCGACUGUUUCCUAAAAUUUUACAACUACCCGCGCCAUUUUCCUCAUUUAUCAUUCCAUAAGAACCGGAAUUCCGUAUUUUUUUCGAUUUCAAAUUUCUUUUUGUAAAAUAGGCUAUAAAACAAAGUAAAAGUGAAACGGCAAAGUAAUCUAAUAUUUUUAUUUUUUUGUGAAAUAGGGCUUUUACUAAAAGAGCGAUUCACCAAAUGUACCUAAAAAUCAAGUAAUUUAAGAACUAAAUCGCUAAAGAAAAUAUAUUAUAACGCCUUAAGAUUCAUUUUGUGCUUAAAACAGUAUUUUUAGAAAUGUCUAAACGUUACUUAUCCGUGGGUAAUCUUAAUUUAGAACAAUAAAAAAUCAUUUUAAUCGAAUUUCUACGAAAAUAUUAAACAAAAAACUAUUUUCACAUUAUUACUUACAAAAAGCAAUCGUACUUGACAGAAAGCAGUCGUAUAUAAAUAAUAAGAAUAAUACGCGAUCAAUAUGCGAUUAAACUACAAAGUGUAAUCAAGAAGUAUAAACAUACUUAUACAAUUUUACAACUACAAUAUAAACAGUAC